UUGCAGAAAGAUGACUUGGACAAGUACGGUUAUGCGUUCUUGACACCGAAGCAGUUGGAUGUUGUCUAUGGGCCGAACUCACCGUACAAUGACUCGCACUGGCAUCAAAAACUUAACAAGCAACUUCGUAUGCAUGAUGAUCCUCAUCAUCUAGUUGAAAAAGAUAUUCGUGCUCUGGCGGAAGCAAGGAAGUUCAGUGUACGCCAAAAGGAUGUUGUGUUAGCGCCACAGGUCUUGGCGAACCUCGUGCUUGCAUCAGGGGCUUUAUCCACAAUGUGGGUCGUGCUCUCACCGAUAGUGCUCUCACCUAUUGUUCUUUCCCCAGCAGUUCUUGGUCCUAUCAUUCUCUCGCCUUGGUUAUUUGUUCCGCUAAUACUCUCACCUCGUGUUUUGUCGCCGUUGAUCCUUACACCACUUGCGUUCGCCCCGAUCGUGCUCUCACCAUUGGUGCUCCAUCCAUUAAUUCUGUCUCCCGGUGUUUUCGUUCCAAUCGUACUUUCUCCUUUGGUCCUGUCGCCACUGAUUCUCUCACCACAGGCUUUCACUCCUAUUGUUCUGUCGCCUCUUGCGCUUAAUCCUCUCAUUUAUAAUCCAAUGGCUGCAUCACCGUUGGUUUUAUCACCAUUCUUCCUUUCGCCGCUCGUUUGUUCUCCACAGUACCUCUUCGGUGUAAUAAUGUCUCCCUAUGGAAUGUCUCCUCUUAUCCAAUCCAAGCUUAUCGAGUCGGAAGUCAUUCUUUCUCCUAGUUGGCUUUCCUAA